AUGCUCUGUACAGGUCCGAACAUCGUCCCAUUCCCCGACCUCAAGCCUGCUAGCUCAGGGAAAACACCUCCGGCCAUCAAGACCCAAGCUCGAGCUGCCUCGAUUCUCCCCAGUUUUGUGGGACUCAAGUUCUCAGUCCACAACGGAAAGACAUACCAAGAUAUCUACAUUACAGAGGAAAUGGUAGGAAGGAAACUGGGCGAAUUCGUCCCGUAA